UAGAAGAAGAAGAAGCGCAAUGCUACGUAGAACUGCCACGACUGUGAGAUCCGCAUGUAAGAAGUACGGCCUCAAUUGCACAAAAUUCGCGGAAAACCGGAGAAACAUGGCCGACUUGCAGCAGAUUGCUAAUAAUAACGAGCGCGCCGAGGCGCUGAUUAAAUCCAUUGAAGCCGAGAUUUCCGGCAUCCAGCAACAACUUGUGGAGCGCCAGAAGAAAGAGCUGAUCAAUGAGAAUGCCGCAUUGGCCAAGGAAGUGGAGGCCGCCCUUGCCCAAUUGGUGCAGCUGGAACUGCGAAAUGGCAAGAAACAGAUCCCGGUGCCAGGAUCACGAGGAUUCUGCACUAGUGCGGGGCCAGUAGCUCCAUCGGCAGAGGUUGCACCUGCCCCCGUUGCUGAGGCUCCGAAGCAGACCAAAGAGCCCAAAGAAAAAAAGGUCAAGGAAAAGAAACCAGUCGCAGAGAAACCCGCCGCCGCUCCAGAGGCACCCGUAGACGUGGGCCGACUGGAUAUGCGCGUUGGCAAGAUUGUGGAGGUAGGUCGCCAUCCCGAUGCCGAUAGUUUGUAUCUAGAGAAGAUCGACUGUGGCGAAGCCAUCCCACGCACUGUGGUUUCCGGCCUGGUGAAAUUCGUGCCGCUGGAAGAGAUGCAGAACCGUUUGGUUGUAGUCAUGUGCAACUUAAAGCCAGCCAAGAUGCGUGGCGUCACCUCGGAGGCUAUGGUCAUGUGCGCAUCUACCCCAGACAAGGUGGAGGUGCUCAGUCCGCCAGCCGGAGCCGUUCCUGGCGAUCUUGUCCACUGCGAGGGCUAUACGCGAACUCCGGAUGCGCAGCUUAACCCUAAAAAGAAGAUCUUCGAGGUGUGUGCUCCGGAUCUGAUGACCAACGGUGACCUGGUGGCCUGCUAUAAGGGCGCUGCCCUUCAUGUUCCCGGCAAAGGCAACGUUGUGGCCCAAACUCUGAAGAACGUCAAUGUGAAGUAAGCCAAUAAAUAAAACCUCUAAAGUGAGCCAAUAAACUAAACAUCAGACCCUA